AUGGACACCAACCAAACAGCCGCGCGCGACGCCCGCCGCUACCUCCUCGAGCGCGUGCGCAACGACUGGGACUGGCCGCCGCUACCGCCCAACAUCGCGCCGACCGAACACGCUGCUGCAGCGGCCGCGGCCGCCGAAGCCGACUACGCGACGGGCGCGUCCGAAGACGAGCUGCGCGGGGUGACCGAGUUCCGCGAGCGGUACUACGGCAGCACGGACGACGACAAUGACGACUCGCCGUCCGAGGACGAGGCUGAACAUGGAGGAGGCGGCGGCACCACAACGAAGGCAGCAGGACAGCACAACGGCGCGGCUGGAGCCGGUUCCAAAGCCGCCAACGGCAAGGAGUAUAGGUUCGACUCGCCGGAGCACGUAGGCCCGCAAGUGGCCGAGGAGCGCGUGGCGCGGCGCAAGCGCCGGCGUAGGCGCGCGCUCGAGGAGGAGAUGCGCUGGAAUGAGGGUAUGGCCGUGUUCGUGCGCAGGCGGGACCGCUGGACGGGCGCGGCGAGUGUGCGCAAGCACGCGCGGAGGCAAAGCCGGUCGAGCGCGGAUAUGCACCCGGCGGAGGUAGAGGCGAGGGAUACGGUCGUGAAGAUGUUGGAGGAGACGGCAUUGGUAGAGGAGACGGUGGUGGCGGAUGGUGCGGCGGAAGAUGCGCAAGCGGAUGCGAAUAACGAGAAGGCAUCGGUGACAAAUGGCGAUGAGACUUCCGCAGAGGAGGGCGAGCAGGAUGCUAUUGAGAAGGUUGAGAAGACUUCCCGGAUCAACAUCGACAUACCGGCGUCUGAGGAACCGCUCGUGCCCCUCGCGCCGCCACUGCUGCCCCAGAACGUCAUCCGUCAGUCCAUCACGCCCAAAGCGUAUUCUGACAUCUACGCCAAGAUUGUCGUGAGCGGCCAGACGCCCAAGGUUCCUAUCAACCUUUCGCAUAUGACGCGCGCCCUGGUGCAGGGCUGGAAGGACGAUGGAGAAUGGCCGCCGCGGCCUGGACCUGUCGAUCCGCUGAUGGGCAGAAAGAAGAUUGGAACAGCAGCAGGAAGGGUCGGCACGUUGGCUGCGGUGCUGGGCGGUGGCGGCGAUGGCGGAAAAGCCGGCUCGGGAAACAGUGCCGCCGGUCAUCACGGCGAGUUCCUGGCACAUCAUCCGCAUCUGCAGAAAGGCGUUGAGAGCGUAAAGAAGGUGUUCAGACUGAGCGGAGGCCACCACGUCCAUUCGAAUCCAGGCGCGGGACUCGCGCACGACGGGCAUCCACCACCGGCGAAUUGA